AUGCGAGACCAGAGGAUCGCAGUCUUGGCACUGCAGGAAGCACACCUCAACGAGGAGCGCGUAUCCUCCCUGCGCCAGAUUUUCGGCCGCCACCUACACAUAGAGUACUCGCCGGAUCCAAGCAACAGCACUGGCGCAAGGGGUGUCACCGCGGUCCUAAACAAGCAAAUCCUGAAAAACUGCACACCGACCACGCGUUGCGUGAUCCCGGGUCGUGCUAUCCUCCUGUCUGUCCCCUGGUCAGAAGACCGCGUACUGACUAUACUAACGGUAUACGCACCCAACGACCGGAAUGAAAACGCGGCUUUCUGGGAAAGACUACGCGCUGAGAAUCUUGGGAGAAUCGACCUGCUGCUGGGGGACUUCAACGUCGUGGAGGAGGCGGCGGACAGAUUCCCCCCCAAAUCCGAUGCGGCGCGUCAAUGUGAAGCGCUAAGGGAGCUCUGCCAGGGGCUUUCGGUGUGUGAUGGAUGGAGGGCGGCGAACCCGGCCUCCAAGCAGUUUACCUACCUCCAUGAAACGUCUGGGGCGCAAUCGCGGCUUGACCGUAUCUAUGUGCGCAGGGCGAUGAUGGGGGACUGUGACGAGUGGACGAUCACAGAGCCGGGCAUCCCAACCGACCACCUCCUUGUCACCGUUGAAGUUGCGAACUAUAAGGCGCCCUUUGUGGGCAGAGGGAGGUGGGUGAUGCCCACGCACCUGCUAACAGAUACGGACACAGUCAAACAAAUGAAGGGGCUCGCCAUGAAACUCGUUGCAGACAUAGCGGCAAUCCGGACCAGGACGUGCGAGCGGAACCCGCAACUGCUGUAUGAGAAGUUCAAAGCAGACCUGACCGCCCUCCUGAGAGCGAGGGCGAAGGUCAGAGUGCCCAAAAUACAGAAGGAAAUCGAUGCGCUCAAAGCAGAGCUUAAAGCGGCGGGGAAGCUUCCCAGCCGAGCGCUGAGACGGUGCAGCACGCAGCAAAAUUGCAGGCGCAACUGA